AUGGAGACAGAAGAGCUCACCAAACUCGUAGAUGGAAUAUACAAGAACAUCCUGGACAAGUUUAACCCCGGCGCUCGUCAGAUGAUAACAGCUGGUAAAGCCUAUUUGAAAGCUUUACAUGGUGCGGCGGCGGCGUCCAGGCUAUACGUAGACGCGGUGGGCAAGCUCGGACGACAAGCGCAGCAAGGCACAUGGGGAGGAUGCGCCGAUAUCGGUACUGCACUUAUGAAAGUGGUGGAGGUGUAUCGCGAAAUACAAGAUCAACAAAUGAACAUUCUGAAGGCGUUCUACGUAGAUUUACUCGUCCCUCUAGAGACAAAUCUGGAAAAAGACACGAAAGUAGUACAGUCUGAGCAGAAGAGGUUUUUGCAACAGCAUAAACUACGCUCAGAAAGCUAUAGUAAAGCAGCUGCUACGAUAAAAAAGCAAAGGAAGAAGAAAACCAAUAUGACAAAAGUGGGCUCAGCUAUGGAUAAAGAGAUGAAGAGUAUGCAAAUUUUGGAGGAGGAGAAAACUAAACUAGAUGCGUUUUGCGAACAAAGUUUGAAAAAUGCAAUGACUCAAGAACGCCGUCGAUACGGAUUCGUUUUGGAGCGUCAAUGCUCGCUGGCUAAACACUGGCUGGCUUAUCACACAGCCGGUGCAACAGCUUAUAACACUGGUUUGGACGAAUGGUUGGAAGUUUCACGUACAAGAGAAUUUCUGCCAUCUAACGUAGAAGCUAUGUUUGUUAGUAGAAUGAGGCAAGUAUCAUUUUGGGCAGACGAAGAUGUAUAUGCAAGCCCACGAAAUGGUGAUGACGAUGAUCGCGCUUCAGUUGGAUCAGCAUUACGUAAAACAAGAUCUGUUGAUGCAUCUUGCUUAGAUGUCAGGUCUAUUGCAGACUUAGGAUCGCCAACUCAUGGAUUGUCAAGAGCUAAAUCUGAUUUAAAUUUACAAGCGAGUAUCCAUAAUACAGAUCAAGAUGCGGACGUUCGUACAAAAACUCGUCCAUCAUCUCUCGCGCCUCCAUCUUGUACAUCGCGAGAUCCUCCAUUGGCGAGGGCCUUAUACGCAUAUGCAGCUGCUGGAGAUAACCAACUUAGCUUCCAACAAGGAGAUAUUUUGGCUUUACUCGGAGACAGAACUAAAGGAUGGCAAUAUGGAGAAAAUUUACGCACUCAUAGUGCAGGCUGGUUCCCACUUGCUUAUACUGAACCAAUUAUAACUGAGGAACCUGGUAAUUCGCCAGCUCGCUGGAGUUGUGCUCAAACUCCAAGUGAGACGCCGCCACCAGCACCUAUUGCGCACACACAAGUGUCAUCUAACACAAAUACGCCACACGCGCAUUCACAUCCUCCAACGCGUAUGUUUGGAGACACGGUCACUGCCCACCACGUAACUAAGGGUCGUCUCGCAAGUAGCUCUCCUGGUCUACCACCAACCCUACCAGCUCCAUCACCAAGUGCUUUAAGCACUUCUGCCAGUGCUAACUUCCAUCCAACACCAAUUCCCGCAACUUCUGGCCCCAUUAAGAACUCCACAUCAGCUGCUAAUUUCACCACUCAUGCUGUCAUAGAAACAAGAACAUUUGGACCCCAAACACUUCCGAUGCGGUCACAGGUGGCCCAAAAAUCAGCUCCAGCCAAGACUGUCGUGUCAGCAGUGGGUGCAGUUGGUAAUGUUUCUUUGCACAGUUCUAAUGAUUCAGGCUUUUCAAAUGAGCCUCCUCCUCAACCAGAUGUUGAUUACAGCGAUGAAGAAGCACAAAGACAUCGUAUUCCAAUUAGUAAAUCCGCUCAGCAAAACCUCGACAACAAAGCAUAUUUAUUGAAAACUCAAAGUUUGAAGAGAGGACCACGACCCAGUACUAAUAACGGUUACCUAACGGAUGAUCAACAGUUACUAUUACGUAACAUGUUAGAUAUGGAUAAGGAUUCUCAAAAGAUUAAACGAACUAAAUCAUUCUGGAAAUUUGGACGUACAACAUCUGAGGAAAUAAUGGAAGGAAUGUCUCUAUGGCAACAUCGAGACAUUGUUGAUACAGUUCCAGAGUAUAAGAAAAAGUUAUUUGUGAAAUUGAAGAAAGAGUUAAGACCCGCUCCUGAUAUACCUGAACCCAAAAAGCAAAAUACUUCUGAAAAACCUGCUACAGCACUAACUGAUAAUUCUGCUCGACCUCAAGAAACAAUCGAUAGAAAAGAUAUCAAAGUCAAUAAUGGCAUGCGGCAAGCUAGAAGCUUAGGCUCUAUACAACAUGAAGAACGUGCUGAGAAAGACAGAAAAAAUAACAUGAACUACCAUCAAAAUCAAAUGAAUAAGAAAAGCUUUUCCGAAAAAUCAAUAGUGGAGGAAAAACAUGAUGAUUUUACUCCUCGAAAUGAAUCUCGUCACUCUGAUUUAACCAAUACCAGUACAAUCAAAACUAACUUUGAAAAUAGUUUCUAUAAUGAUGAAAAUGGGGAUGGUUACGUAAUGAAAACUGUUAAACGUCGAGAAAUACUACAAAGAUAUGAUAAUGAUAGCAAUUCUGAUAAUAACUCUGUAGCAUCUAGUACGGAUCCAUAUGACUGUAUUAUUGUUGAUGACCAUAUGACGUCCAAAAAACAGCAAGAAAUAGAUCGCCGUCGCCAAGCUCAGUUGUUAGAUAAUGAUAUCAAGAAUAAUAAAGAAAAUGCAUACAUGCCAGAAUUUGAAGAAAUUGAAGUCACACCCAUUAAACCUCAUGUACGAGCAACGUUAUCAUCAGAUAAGUCUAAAAAAGCGUCCCACGAGCGGUCUUCGCCAAAAGUAAUGGAAUUCAAAACAUUUAAAGAUACUUCAAAAGAAAUUAAAACAUUUUCAGCAUCUUCUGAGACUUUAAAAUAUAAAGACAGUGACCAACAAAUUGAUCGAUAUGGUGUUCCCAUAGAAAGAAAUAAUAAUGAAAUACGUGACGAAGAAAUAUACAAUGAACAUGACGAUAGUACUCUAAAAUACAAAAAACGACCCACUGAAGAGAAACGAAAACAUAAUCUUGAAAAUGGCAAUCAUAAAGAAUAUCCUCAAGCUGAAGUUAGAAGUCAAAAGAAAGAUCCAAGAUCUUAUGAAACAGCUGAGCCAAGAAUAGAUUAUUCUCUAGACAGACGUCAAACAAGAAAAGAAUUUGUAGAUACAAAGAAUCGCGAAAAUAGAACGAAAAACCGUAUUAAUAGAAGUUACGAUGAUAGCACGUUACAAUAUAACGGAAGGCGGGAAGAGAGAUACUAUGAAUCCAAUAUAUCAUAUUUCAGCGAUCAAGAGAGAAGAGCUUCGCGAUACGAUUAUGAAACGGAUUCUAAAAAAGCUGAAAAGUCAAAAUUACGACAAGAAGAAGCUCGAUUAGAAGCGAGGCGAUUUACGGAUAGAAGAAAUGAAGCACCAUACAGUGAAUCUGAUGAUCAGAAGUUUAACGAAGCUCUCAAACAGCAGCGGCCACAAUUGUUACCACGUACAAAGUUACUCAAACGUGCAACCGAUGGCAACGAAUUGCCUGAAGAAGGACACACAUUCGGACCCUGGUACGAUUUGUGGGGUCGAGAAACGGCUAUGUAUAAA